AUGCAACGGCAAGCCCUUCCUCUACUUUCCAAUCAAGAACCGCUGGUAUCAAGCGGGAUAGAACCAAGCCUACUUAAAAAUUCUCCCUUAACAAUUAACGCUGAGGAAAAAGGAGAAGUAAAAUACGUAGACAGUCAACAAAUUAUUAUCAAAGAAACUAACAAUAAAGAAAGAAUCUAUAAAUUAAAACAGUUAGUAGCCUCUAAUAAAAACACCCUGGACUCAUCUUUCCCUCUAGUAAAAAAAGGUGAUAAAGUUGAAAAAGGACAAAUCAUCGCUUGUGACAAAUGUUUUAAAAAUGGCGAAUUAGCCCUUGGAUAUAAUCUACGGGUAGCUUAUUUAUGUUUAAGGGGAUACAACUAUGAAGACGCUAUUAUAAUCAACGAAAACUUAAUCAAAAAAGACAUUCUUACUUCAUUUUUCGUGAAGAAACACACCAUUAUCCGCCGUAAUACUAAACACGGUCCGGAAAUUUUUACCUCUUCUUUUCCCCACACUGGAGCAAAGCAAUUUCCAAACCUUGGAAAAGACGGAAUAAUAAAAAUUGGUAGCAAAGUAAAAGAAAAUGACAUUUUAGUUGGCAAAUUAACACCUGAUCCAAGAUUGCAUCAAGAAACCGAAGAAGAACUAUUAUUAAUGAGCAUUUUAGGAGAAAAAGCUCAAAAAUUUGUUAACUCAUCACUUCGUUUGCCCCAUGGAGAAGAAGGAAUAGUUUAUGAGGUGAGAAGAAAAGAACUGAAAAAAAAAAAUGAAUUGGAAAUGGUAGAAGUUUAUAUAGUACAAGAAAGAAAAAUUGAGCCGGGAGACAAACUUACCACCCGCUUUGGAAGUAAAGGAGUAGUCGGCAAAAUUAUCCCUGAAAGCGAUAUGCCAUUUGAUGAAGAAGGAAAGACCUUUGAUAUAAUCUUAAAUCCUCUUGGUAUUCCAACCCGAAUGAAUAUCGGACAACUAUUAGAAACAAUACUUUCCCUAGCAGCUUAUAGACUUAACACCAAACUACUCGUUCGACCUUUUAAUAACUUAUCUUUAGAAAUAAUUAAAGAAAUUAUUUCAGAAGCUAAAAUAAAAGACUUUGGAUUUCAAAAAUUAUUUGAUGGUCAAACCGGUCUACCCUUCCAACAACCUGUUUUUUGUGGUUUUGUUUAUGCAUUUGCUCUAAAUCAUAAAGUAACCGAUAAAAUUCAUGCCCGAGGUGCCGGCCCUGAAUUUCCUUAUUCGCUGAUUUAUCAACAACCCUUGAAAGAAGCUCACGGAGCUCCCUACAAUCUAGCGGAAAUGAUGGGUCCUAAAUCUGAUGAUAUUCACAAGCGUCGGCUAAUACAAAACGAAUUACUUUUCGGAGAUCGCCAAACCGAUCUUCGCAGUAGUCAAAAUGAAUCAUUUAAUCUUCUAAUUCAAUAUUUACGCGGCAUUGGUUUCAAUCUUAUUGCUACCGACCAUCAAGUUACUUGGCUUUCGCCCCAAAAAAUCGAACAAAUUUCUUUCGGUAAAAUAACUAAUCACAAAACAAUAAAUACCAGAACCCUCAAACCAGAACUAGGUGGUCUCUUUGAUCCCCGUGUUUUUGGUCCCUUUCUGAACUAUGAAUGCUACUGUGGAAAAUAUAAAGCUACUAAUCUAAGCAAAUUACUAAAAAUUCCAACUAAGAGUUUAGAAGACAUCAUUUACUUUCGAAAUUAUGUAGUAAUUGAUAAUGGCCUAACCAAUUUGCUAAAAAAAAGAGAAAUUUUGGGAAAAAAAAUAGACAUUAACCUAAUCAGAAAUAUUUUACAAGAGAUUUUCGAAGAUAAAAACUUGGAAAAAAGCGUUACUAAUCAAGCUAAAAAAUUAAUUGAAAAAAUUAGUGAAAAAGAAAAAAAACAAAAAUCAGAAAUAAGUGCAGUAUUUUUAGAAGAUUAUCUAGAUUUCCUAGAAAAACAUCGGCAAGUAAAAAUUAGGAUUGGUACAGAAGCUUUCCAACAAUUAUUGAAAGAAAUUGACAUAGAUAAAGAACUCUCAAACCUCAAAGGAAUUAAUAAAAAAGAAACAUCCAAAGGCAAAAAUGAAAUAACUAAACUAGAAGACGAAGAAACCAUCGCUACCAGCAAAGAUAAUAAUUCUUACCGGAAAGUAAUUUUAACUAACGAACGGUUAAACUACUACCUCGAAAUGAACAAAAAACUUAAAGUUUUUUUUAGCGAAAUUAUCCAUAAUGAAAAAAAAAGAUUACAAAAAGCAGUAGACCAAUUAAUACAUACUUCUCCUAACAAACGGAACAAUAGCAAAAGUUUAUCACAAAGCCUAAGCGGUAAAGAAGGAAUACUGCGUCGUCAUUCGCUAGGAAAAAGAGUAGAUUACUCAGCACGCUCAGUGAUUAUUCCUAAUCCUAGCCUUUCACUUGAUCAAGUAGGAUUACCAAUAAAUAUAGCACUAACGCUUUUUAAACCAUUUAUUAUUCAAAAAAUAUUAAAAGAUAAAAAAGCCUUUACCUUAAAAGAAGCUGAACAAUUAAUAUCUCAAGAAGAUCCUGUUGUUUUUUCUUCCUUAAGCGAAAUUGUUCAAAGCCACCCUGUCUUAAUUAAUCGUGCUCCUAGUUUACAUCGUUUAAGUAUCCAAGGCUUUUAUCCAAAACUAACUCUUGACAAAGCUAUUGGACUUCAUCCAAAAAUAACUAUUCCUUUAAACGCUGAUUUUGACGGAGAUCAAACUGCUAUACAUUUACCCCUAACUAAAAAAGCUCGCGAAGAAGUUAAAAAUUGUAUUUUAUCUCCUCAUCACAUUCUUGAUCCAAAAAACGGUCAAUUAAUAACCAUUCCUUCUCAAGAUAUGAUUUUAGGAAAACUAAUUUUUAAUCAAACCUUGCCAUCAACCUUUCCUUUCUACAUCAACGACUUAAGAAACUACAAUGAAGAAUUUCUUGAUAAACUAAAAGAAUUGGGUUUUAAUUAUGCUACUUACUCUGGAAUUAGCAUUUCACCUUUCGAAAUAGAAGAAUUAAUUGAUAAAAAAAACUUGUUGAAACAAACUAAUGAGAAGAUUAAACAAACCGACCAACAUUAUCUACAAGGCGAAACCCUCGAAACACCUAUAACUUCUUCUCUAAGAGAAGGCUUAUCACCAUUCGAAUUCUUUAUUUCAGUCUAUGGGGCAAUGAAAGGAAUGAUUGACAUUGCUUUAAAAACAGCUGAAGCUGGUUAUCUAACUCGUCGAUUGGUUGAAGCUAGCCAAACUAUCAUUAUCAGUGCUUCUGAUUGCCAAACAAGUACUGGUUCGUUAGUAGAGGAAAGCGAUGAAUUUCCGCUCAUCAAAAGGUGUUAUGGUUUAGACUUAAGUAAAGUAGGAGAGGAAGUAAAAAUUGGAGUAGCUGUCGGAAUCAUUGCCGCCCAAUCUCUUGGCGAACCCGGCACCCAAUUAACCAUGAGAACUUUCCAUGGGGGGGGAAUUUCAGGAGAAGAAGAUAUCACCCAAGGUUUACCAAAAGUGAAAGAAAUAUUUGAUAAUAUUAAACCCGAAAAAGAAGAAAAAGCCAUCCUCGCUAAAAAAGAAGGGACAAUAACAGGGGUUGAAAAAGACAUAGUUAGGCAAAAAGUCCAAGGAGCCGAAAAAGAUAUAAUUUAUUCGUUAAGCAACAAAAAAAACGUUAGAGUCAAUCAAGGGAGUAUAGUAAAGAAAGGCGAUAAAAUUACCGGCGGGAGUAUAGAUUUAGAAGAAUAUCUUGAAAUUAUGGGAAGAGAUAUCUGUCAAAACUAUAUUAAAGAAGAAAUAAGAAGUGUUUAUAACAAUCAAGGAAUUGAUAUCAAUGAAAAGCAUAUCGAAAUUUUCGCUCGGCAAAUGUUAUCAAGGGUCAAGAUCGAAGACAAUGGAGAUAGCGAUUAUUUAAUCGGAGACAUAGCAAAUUAUCAAAAGGUACAAAAAACAAAUCAAGUGCUAAUAAAAAAUGGGAAAAAACCCAUUAUUUUUAAGAAUAUUAUUUCCAGUCUUAAAGAUCUAGCUUCUACUCCUGAAUCUUUUCUAGCUGAUUGGGAGUUAAUAUUCGUUAAAUCAUCUGUGCGGAUUACUCGUUGGCAGUUAACUAAAUUACGAGCCGGUGCCAAGGAAGGAUUAUUAAAAUACUUUUUCAAAGUGGCAACUCCUGAAUUAAUUCACAACAAAGAAGGAUCGCUUUCAGGAAUCAAGGAAGCCGGAGUAAUUUUAGUGGUUGGACUAGGUGCUGGAAUUUACUAUUUUACUCAGCAAGUAUCUACUCAGAAAACCCCCUCAGAGGAGGCUAAACAGAAACUAUUAGCAAAAUAUGAAAGAAUUCUUUAUGAGAGAGAUCUUGACUAUUUUCUUUUGUCAAUACCUUAUAUUGGUAAUAAUUUUUCCUCUUCUACCUUAGAAGAAAUUGUUGAUCGUGAUCGGGAGAUAGUAAAGAGAAAGAAAAGUGAACCAUUUACUCAAUUUCCGGCUAACACCCAAGCGUUUAAAGAUAAAUAUGAAGAGAGAGAAGAGGCUAAAAUUAGGUUCCUUUUGAUUUCUCUAAUUCCUCGUAAAUCAGAUGCUUUACAAACUUGGCAUAAUGGUCUUAAAUCGGAUCCUGAUCCAGCGAAAAGGUUAAACCUACUAAGUCAACAAAUAGAAGAUCAUGUAAAUAUUGAAGUGGUGGAUGCUAGUGGUAACCAAAUUGCUACUAAUUUUGAUUUGGUUUUAGAAUACGAUUUAUCAGAGUGGAAAGAUAAAGAUGCUUAG